CACUGAUGUCAACAAUGUCGAGCUGUCAGUGGUGAGGCGCGUCGUAGCUUCAAGGGUGUGCGCGCUCUCGACACAGCAGGAAAUAUGGCGGCGCUCAUGACUCUCACCCAGUUAUCGAGUGGAAACCCAGUUUACGAAGUCUACUACAGACAGGUGGAUCUGGGAGACACUGGGACAGUAGGAGCUGCAGAUGCUGCUCAGUUCCUGAAGAAAUCAGGCCUUUCAGACAGUACCUUAGGAAAAAUCUGGGAUUUGGCCGAUCCAGAAAGGAAGGGCUUCUUGGACAAACGGGGUUUCUUUGUAGCGUUGAGGUUGGUGGCCUCAGCUCAGGGUGGCAACGACAUCAGUCUCAACAACCUCAAUCAGACUCUAGCAGCACCCAAGUUUAGAGACACAAAUACUCCGUUGCUCAGCACAUCGCUGAGUACAUCUUCAUCUGAUUCCCACUGGGCUGUAAGGUCUGAUGAAAAAAGGAAGUUUGAUGGCAUCUUUGAAAGUCUUCUACCAGUCAACGGUCUUUUGUCUGGAGACCAAGUUAAACCUGUCCUGAUCAACUCCAAACUACCCAUGGAUGUGUUAGGAAGGAUUUGGGACCUCGGUGACGUGGAUAAAGAUGGACACUUGGACAGAGAGGAGUUUUCAGUGGCCAUGCACCUGGUGUACAGGGCUAUGGAGAAGGAGCCUGUCCCUUCCAUCCUGCCCUCCUCCCUCAUCCCUCCAUCCAAGAGGAAGAAGUCUGCGGGGGCUCUGCCUGGCGCUGUCUCCGUCCUGCCUCCCUUGUCUGCCCUCUCAGGCCUGUCUGGUCUGUCCCGGACAGCCAGCUCUCCUCCCCUGCCCGGCGCUGUAGCGGCUCUGCCUGACUUGUCUGGUCUGUCUCGGACAGCAAACUCUCCUCCUCUCAAAGACACCUUACACUCCACUCCAUCUCACAGAAGCAUCACCUCCAUCAACAGCGCUGGCAGUCUCUCUCCUAAACCUUCGUUCAAAGCCCCCUCACAGUCACCUGCAGUAGUGAACUGGGUGGUCCCGGUGGCAGACAGAGGACGUUACAAUGACAUCUUCCUGAAGACGGACACAGACAUGGACGGUCUUGUCACCGGAGGGGAGGUCAUGGAGAUCUUCAUGCUAUCCAACCUUUCUAAGACCAUGCUGGCACAGAUCUGGGGUCUGGCUGACACCAAGCAGACAGGAAAGCUGUCCAGAGAGCAGUUCUCUUUGGCCAUGUGGCUGAUCCAUCAGAAAGUCAUCAAUGGAUUGGACCCUCCCCAGACCCUCUCCCCCGAAAUGAUACCCCCCUCUGAGAGGACCACCACCUCUGUUCUUGACAGCAGCAGUUCUACAGAGUCAGCUGACCUGACAGGCAUCAAAGAGCUGGAUGACAUCAGUCAGGAAAUCGCCCAGCUGCAGAGGGAGAAGUAUACUCUGGAGCAGGACAUCAGGGACAAAGAGGAAGCCAUCAGACAGAAGAACAAGGAAAUUCAGGAGAUGCUGGAGGACCUGGACCAGGAGAGCGGUGGUCUGCAGGACCUGGAGGCCCAGAAGCAGGAUGCUCAGCAGCAGCUGGAGGAGAUGGACCAGCAGAGGAACAAGCUGGAGGGCAUGCUAAAAGACGUCCACCUGAAGUGUCAAGAUCAGUCCACGCUGAUCUCAUCCUUACAGACCCAGAUCCACAGUCAGGAGUCUGACCUGCAGAGUCAGGAGAAUGAGCUGAGUCGUACCAAGUCUGACCUGAACAAACUGCAGUUGGAGGAGAAGCAGCUAGAGCAGAACCUACUGACCGGACGCAUGCAGCUCGACUCCAUCAUCAAGUCACUCAAGGCCACCCAGGAUGAGAUCAACCAGGCUCGUAGUAAGCUUUCUCAGAUCCAGGACAGUCAACAGGAGGUGACUAAGACUAUAGAGCAAUACAACAACGCUCUGAACGGAACCCACAGCCAGACUCAUGCUGGCAGCAUGACCAACCUGGCAGACAUGAGUGAAGUAGGAUUCUCAGAGAGGGAGAACGGAGAAUUUGGCGCCAGGAAUCAGGAGGACUCUUUCAAAUCGAGGAUAGCCAUGUUCAGCAGCAACAAAUCAACACCAGAACCCCUUCCAACAGCAGACCCCUUCCAGACAGAGGACCCCUUCAAAUCAGACCCCUUCAAAGAUCCAUUUGAAGCCGAUGAUCCCUUCAAAGAGAGUGAUCCAUUCAAGGGUGCUUCCUCAGACUUCUUCAAGAAAACGACCGAUGUGUUUGCCUCAGCAGAUCCCUUCAGUAGAAAACCUACUCCCCCCAUCAAGCCUGGUGGCAGUCUGUUGGGGAGCAGGAAUCUCUUAACCUCCCACAGCCCCCGGCCCAGCCCCAAGCCUACAGAUGGCUUCGGAACAGUGGACCCUUUCGGUGGCAACGCUUUUGGAGGAAAGAGUGGAUUCGCAGACUUCAGUCAAAUGUCUAAAAAGAAACCAAUCAACCCUGUGCUACCACCUAAGAACACACCUAACAGGCCUGCGCCUCCUUAUGUCAGGAAGUGAGUCAGAGCAGCUGGCGUGGGUGAAGAGGGAGACUCCGCCCACAGGAACUGGAGAGACUGAGGAGACUCCGCCCACAGGAACAGAAGGACCCGGACCUGGCCAUCGCCCUCAGCACGGAUAAAAAUCUAAGAACCCUAUUAGACUCACGACAAUAACCACAGUCCUGUUAGACACUCACAACGACACACACCUCCUGACCACAGUCCUGAUACAAGCUGAAUAAAACAAUGCAACUGACUGAUAUCAUACAGUACAGCACAACAAACAGCUUCACCACGAGCAACAGUUCCUCAACAGCCCAAAUACUACCGUCUGACUAGAGCCUGAGGACAGUGUGUCUUCGGACUAGACUACAACACUUGUACACCCCCAAUAUAAACCAGAGUACACCCUAACAUCAACUACAACUUCACCCUGACAACAACUACAACUUCACCCUGACAACAACUACAACUUCACCCUGACAGCAACUACAACUUCACCCUGACAACAACUACAACUUCACCCUGACAACAACUACAACUUCACCCUGACAACAACUACAACUUCACCCUGACAACAACUACAACUUCACCCUGACAACAACUACAACUUCACCCUGACAACAACUACAACUUCACCCUGACAACAACUACAACUUCACCCUGACAUCAACUACAACUACACCCUGACAUCAACUACAACUUCACCCUGACAACAACUACAACUUCACCCUGACAACAACUACAACUUCACCCUGACAACAACUACAACUACACCCUGACAUCAACUACAACUUCACCCUGACAUCAACUACAACUUCACCCUGACAACAACUACAACUACACCCUGACAUCAACUACAACUUCACCCUGACAACAACUACAACUACACCCUGACAACAACUACAACUUCACCCUGACAACAGCCUCCUGCUGCAGCUCCGUGACGUUCUGACAACAGCCCCUAUAGGCUGUGGCCCAAACAUCCCCUAACCCCUGUGCCCAAUCAUCCCCUAACCCCUGUGCUCAAAUUUGCCCCUAAACCCUACGUCCUAUGGUAAUCUGAGAGGAUUUGACAGGUGUAAGUAAUCUGGCAAUAGCUCCAGCGUGCUCUCUGAUAGGCUGGGUGGAAGUUUCACUAUAUUGCUUAUACCGAUCAAAUCCUCUCCGAUCUCUACCAGUGCAUAUGGUGUAGGGUUUAGGGGUCGAUUUUUGGAUUGGGCCUAGGACUUGAGGAUGGGAUGGCAGCCCCUCUACCGAUCCAGCUCCGCUGAAGCCAGACUUGAUCAACACUAACCUACCAAAGCCUCUCUUUUAACCUCUUUGUCAUCGCCAGCCUCAGUGGUUAAUUCCAGUUAGCUGCAUCACAACUAAAAUCAGCUCAGCUCCUUUUUAUUUUUUUUUUUUUUAGCCCCGAUUUUAGUCCAACUUGACUGACUGACAGCCUAAAUCAAGAGUGACUUAACUCUGACUUGGCUAAGGUCAGGGGUCAUUCUGACUCUAGUAGACCCCGUAGUUCUAUGGGGAAACUCUGGGUGCUUAACUUUGUUUUUGCUUCAUCAUUUGUUGUGAGGAAAUAGCCAAGAUUUUAACAUUUUUAUUUAAUUUUUAUUAUUUAUAUAGGGGAAAAAUCAUGCACUUGUGGUUUAUGAACUGUCUCUAUAUGUACUAUUAUAACUGUUUAAUAUACCCUCAAACACAUUCAUGCUAAAAGUCUGUUAUAGCGUACUCUUUUUCUGUCAGUAACUGUGCUUGUGUUCAUGAUUUCUUGUUGAAAAUCUCCUUUUUCGUAAGGAAAUGUUUAGAUUAUGGAAAUACGGAUAUUCUUUGUUAUUUUCUUGUCUCGGGGGUUCUGUACUUUUAUUGCCUUCCACCCCAACAGAAUAAUGACAAAUUCAAAAACUCUCCUGCCUUAAAGGAUAUGGGGGGGUUGACUUUUCACCUCUCACUGUCAACAUUUAGAUUGUAUUUUUGUUGUAAUCUCUUAAUGCUAAACUCUAUAAUGCAUUCAGUGGGUUUAUUUUGAUGUGUUUCAUCUGUUAUUGAUUUAUUCAACUAGGGCAUUAGAAUUACUACGUUUAUUUUAUAUUUAAUUCAUUUUCAGGAGAAAAUGUAUUGUUACACUCACAAGCACCACACUCAAUAAUCACUCAGUUUGAUCCUGGCCACUACCUGGCACAAGGAUGUGCUAUCCUAAUGCCUUGUAAUUCACUGAUGAUAGGGGUUGUUUGGCACAUACAAUGUGUGUUUAUGGCCUCCUAUGGUUAUCUCAAAUUGCACCCCUAUUCCCUAUAGGGGCCCCUGGUUAAAAGUAGUGCAUUAUAAGGAAUAGGGUGCCAUUUGGGCUACAGACACAGUGUGUGUGUAUGUAUAUUCAAGGAACUCUGUGCUGCAGCUCAUUCUCCAGUGUUGACCUGAAGGAGUAUUGUAUUGGUCACACUGGGAUGCAUUAAGAAGCCAUGUCCACAAUGAUGUCUGUCUUACUUAUCCACAACCACAAUGGCUCAUUUCAUGUGUAACAGUAUAUAUGAUUAUAAAUAUUCCAUCAAGGUUGAAAUAAUUGAAAUCCUGUGUAUAUCUUUGAAUAUAAAUAAAAACUCAUGUAACAUUCCA